AAGAGCAGCUCCACUGGACAAGAAACCUUGCUGAGGCUUUGUCGGCUGCUGCUGGUCCCUGACACCUCUGGGAGGACACAUCUGCUGCGAUGGGGAGGCAAAAAGACGUGCUUGCUACCAUUGAGGAGCACCUGAGGAUCCGAAAUAAACUGGUGCGGCAAGCGCUGGCUGAGUGCCUGGGGACGCUGAUCCUGGUGCUCUUCGGCUGUGGCUCUGUUGCACAGAUCGUGCUCAGCAGAGGGACCCAUGGAGGUUUCCUGACUGUUAAUCUUGCCUUUGGCUUUGCUGUGACGCUUGGCAUUUUGAUCGCAGGCCAGGUGUCAGGUGGACACCUGAACCCAGCUGUCACUUUUGCCAUGUGCUUCUUGGCCCGAGAGCCCUGGAUCAAGCUACCAGUUUAUGCCCUGGCCCAGACACUUGGAGCUUUCCUAGGAGCUGGCAUAGUCUUUGGGCUCUACCAUGAUGCCAUCUGGGCUUUUGGCUCCAACCACUUGUAUGUAACAGGAAAUAAUGGCACUGCUGGUAUCUUUGCCACCUACCCGUCUCAGCAUCUGAAUGUUGUGAAUGGAUUCUUUGAUCAGUUCAUUGGCACUGCUUCCCUGAUUGUUUGCGUCUUGGCUAUUGUGGAUCCCUACAACAACCCUGUUCCCACGGGGCUGGAAGCUUUCACAGUUGGCUUUGUCGUCCUUGUUAUUGGAACUUCCAUGGGCUUCAACUCUGGCUAUGCCGUCAACCCUGCCAGAGACUUUGGACCUCGUCUCUUCACAGCCAUUGCUGGCUGGGGCACUGAAGUGUUCUGGACUGGUAAGCAGUGGUGGUGGGUUCCAGUUGUUGCUCCUUUCCUUGGGGCCAUUGCAGGAGUGAUAGUCUACCAGCUGAUGAUUGGAUGUCAUGAUGAGCCUUCUCCACCUGCCUCUGAGCAGGAGACAGUCAAGCUGGCCAAUGUGAAGCACAAGGAAAGGGUCUGAGGAAGCUGCUAUCCAGAUGUGGCAGACAUUCAUUACUCAGGACUGCAGCUGGUGAAGAGGAGGGAGGAGUUAAGAAGAGCUUCAACAAGAACAGGAAGAGUUUUUUUCCCUGUCUUGAGUUAUUCUAGCCUUUUUUUUUCUUAAUAUCCCUGAUGCAUUUGCUUUAGAUACUUUCCUAUGAGCCUUUUCCUUCCAUGCAGUAUCAUAUAAUCUUUCUCUACUACUAGAUGGCGGUUGAGAACUUUAGGAGUCAGGAGAGAGGUGGGCAUUGCUGUCCAACACUUCCACCAUGGGCCUCAUGCUCAGGAAUCUGGGGCUUUCUUGGGCUGCUUUGCUGGCCUGGCCUUUGAGCUUGGCAAACUGCUUCCCUCUGAACAUGUGCCCCAUCUGCAGAGCAGGGACCAUGCAAAACAUAAAUUGUUUUUCUAGUGUGGAACUGAAAUUCUGACAUCCUGGGAAAAAUUUGCCUGCAAUUCUUGAUGGAUCAAGUUCAUGCUUGGUGUUGCUCUAAAGUCAGUGACCUGACACCAGGAAUGGACUUAUCUAAAAUAUUUUAAUUGGCUAAAAUUUUCAUUUCUCCCAUGAGCUCACAGAAGGUUGUAUCAAUCCAUUGAUCCAUAAUGUCAGAGCAGAGAGUGAGAAUGCACUGGAUUUUAAUAUAAUAUUAAGACAAAAUGUUUACAAGCCACUGCACCCUGGUGUUUUAAUCACAGUUUUCAAUAUUGCCGGCUCAUGGAAGACAAAACAUAGGAAAUCCUUGUUUUAGUCAGGGGAUAACCUGGAAAGAAAGAUUGGCUCCCUGUAGCAGCCUUUCUUAUUAAUCAGCUUUGUAUAUAAACUGCAAGCAGCUAAUAGCCAAGUUCCACUGAAAAUAUGGUGUUGCUAAAGUUGUGUGUGUUCAUGUAAAUUUCACAAUAGUAUUUUUUUUACAGAGAUAUAUAAAUGCACUCCUUAAAAAGCUGUUACUACAAAACAAGAUGGGGAUCAUUUAAUUUAAAGAUGUGUGGGAACUGCCUAUUCUCUGACAGCUUUGAGAUAACUGUUGGGUUUGCCCAAGAUAGCCUUAGAUUUUGGCACUGUGUGAUUGGAGCACUGAGUUUUCCACCUUGCAGAAAUGUGGGGGCAUCCCUGGCACUCAGGACCCUUCUACCACAUUUUUUCUGAUGAGGGACUGAGUUCAGACACCGCUGGUACCUAUCAGCACUGGUGUGUCAGAGGAUUGCUGGCUCUCCCAGUGCUGUACAGAGUGUUUGAAACAAACAGUAUCAGUUGUGAAAGAAUCUGUAGGUCCCAUGCCUCUGCAUUAGAGAAACUCUUUUGAGGGCUGUUUCUUUAAUGUAUGAAUUAUUUGAAAUAUGUAACUUUGUACACAUUUCCAGUCACUAAGAUGAUGUAUUCUUUUU